AUUUACAAUCUUUUAAGGUAUGUAUACUAGAAAUAUGAUAAAAUGCUGGUAAAUAUACUUGAUGUACUGGUAAAUUAUGAAUUUGUAUACUCAAAAUUUCUUGAAUCAUUCAUAGCCUCCCCAGUGUUUUUUUAACUACACUUUUAUAUUUUUUCUUUAUAUUUUUUAUUUUUCUUUAUUAUUAAUUGUAAAAUCUAUGUUAUAAUAAUGGUUCAUAUUUUGAUUGAUUUUUGUUAAAAAAUUCAGGUAUAUAACUAAUUUGAGUCUUGGUUUCUGGCCACCUUGCCAGAAACGAUAAAAGUAUGACUCUAUCCUUUCUGCUUAGUGUACAGCAUGAAAAUAGAACUGAUAUCUUAGUUGGUUGUGUAGUGUUUGCACAACAUUUGUAGCUCAAAUGGGAGCUUUAAAUACAAUCGGACACCCUUUGCAGGAGCCUCCUUAAUAACAGUAUCAAUAUGAACUGAAGAGGCUACCCUGGGUAAACAAUUUCAAUAAUAAUAUUGUUAAUUCUUUCACAGCAUUUAAAGCCAGUGCUAAUUUAGUACAAAGAAAUUAUACAUUCCCUGUGGUCAAAAGCUUAUCACUGUGAGUUAAUAAGAUUCCAACGUAAUGAUAUUUAGCCAUUUUAUCACAUUAUAUACUUAUUUUAGCCAUUAAAAACUGAAUCAAAAGUUUCUAAAAGUUAAAGUAACUGCAUGGCUACAUUUUUAUAUAAUAUAGAAUUUAUUUUGCAGAAAUUUUACUUGCAAAGAAAUGCAAUCCAACCUUUUUUUAAUCCUUUUAUUUCGUAUUUUAGUUUUGUUAAACAAUAUUAUAUGUUCACAACAAAUGGGAAAUAAAAUUUCAGUUCUUGAUGAAAUAUCACUUGACGAAUUGAGUACAAAAGAGAUAACUGAAAUGCGAAAAUAUAAAACACGAUCAAAGAAUAGAUUAUUGCUGUGUUGCAAAAGCCCAAGUAAUUCUUCCAACACUUCUUUGGAUCUCACACCAGAGUUAGGAUUUCCAAUUAUCAAGAAGUCACGAAAAUGUUUAGUGGUUGAUCAGAAAGAAAACAGUUGCAUUAAUAGAAAUUUUAGAAAGAAUAGAAUAUCUCCAAAAAAAAUACCUUCCAGGUGUCGGAAAACUGCUGAAAAGGGAUCAUUUUUGUCAGCUUAUUUUAAAGUCUUUGAUGAUGAUGUUAUCCAAGAUUUUCUUUGGAUGGACAGCUGUCAUAAGCUAUCUGACAAAUACCUUCUAGCUAUGGUGUAUACAUACUUUCGACGAGCUAAUUUGACUAGAAGAGAAUAUAACCGAACAAACUUUUUUGCAGCUUUGUAUCUCUCACACGAUAUGGAAGAAGACAACGAAGACUUAAAACUAGAGAUAUUUCCUUGGGUACUUGGUGAACAGUGGCGCUUGACUCAUCUAAACCUUAUCAAUCAAAGGGAUGCACUGUUGAAAAGAAUGAGUUACAGGGCUGUGGUCAGUAAAAUCACUUGUGAUGAGGUCAUGGAGUUAUGCCCAUCACAUCCAAUAUGGAAAAGAGAACGAAAAGAACACCACGGUGGAGCAAUACGUAUGUAUGAUGAUAAUGACGACUUUACUCCGCGUGGUCCAGAUGCCAGUCCUCUUUAUUGCUACCUAUGUGAAGACCAAAGCAAUUAUUCAUCGACUUUUACGUCAGGCUAUCUGUCAUUAUGUUCCAAUGAAAUGUCCUUACUAGAAGAAGAUGCACUGGAAGAUGGAAACCAAAUGUUAACGUUGCAUUCUAAUAAUUCUGAUAAGUUUCGUCUAGUUCGUGAGGAGUAACAUUUAUUAUGUUACCUUCUGUUGUGUGUCAGCCUAGAUAACUGUAUAGAUGUAUGAAAAAUAUCCAGACAAAUAUGUUCUUUGCAUUUAUCUUAACUUUUUUAUCAAAAAUAACUUAGACAGUGUUGAAUUUUACAAUUCCUUAGGCAGCCACAACCAUGUUUUGUCUUCUUUGUUACUAUUAUUGACCCUUCCACUUUCAAAACCCAUUCGUCAGCCUUUGCUUAGUCUGAGAUUUAUAAAUUCUGAGAAAAAUGGUAUAUAUUAAGAAUAUUAUUUAUAGUUUAAAAUAAUGUUGGCAUUUGUACAAAUACAUCAAAAUAAUAUUUUCAAAUACAGUUGUAUUUGCAUUAUUGCAGGAGUUCUAUGGAUAGAGUAAAAAAGCAAAAGGCGUCAUUUUUGUUCUCUCAUUGCUUCGACUUCAACUUAAAUAUUGAAUGUAGAGAAAUUUUUAGAAAUAAUUGGAUUUUCUUGCCAUACACUCGUUUAGCUUUUUUUAUUUGUUGUUAAAAUAUAUUCCUUAAUUUGCUUGUUUUCGGCAGACGGAAAUUAUCAGACAGGAUUGUUGUGAGAAACUUAACCAUUCUGCAGUGUGUUUUCGAAAUUUCCAGGAUAUUUAUUUUUUCCGGCUAUCAUUAAAUUUAAGUCACUUUGAAUUCGUUUUUUUCUUAAUUUUAUUUCCUAUUUAACUUUGAAUCCUAUUUCAACUUUUUUUUGAUUUCGAAAUCUUUUGUUCAAAUACAAAUAUUUCUGAUUAAAAAUUAGACCGAGCAAAUAUAGAUAUGAAAAAGAAGCAUGCGCUCAAGUUUUUCCUUUAAGAUAUAUUUUAGUUUUCCCUCCGUCUCCCUUUUCUUCUAUUACAAUCUUUAUCUUGUUAGUUCUGUGGUACGUGCGCCUAUUUGCUUUGCUCCCUUAAUCAAUGUCCUUUAGAACGCUAAUAUCAUUUGCGAUUUUGGGACGUAGCAGGAGUUGAAUUUUUAGUGGCUGCAGCAAAAUUGGUCCUAUUUAAGAAAGCAGGUGUUUUGUAGUUAAAAUUUAUUAUUAAAUUAAUAUUUAUUUAAAUUGUUAAUAUAUAAUAAUUAUUUUUUAAAAGAAUUUACUGCACAUUUUGAAUUGUUAUAUUAAAUAUAUGUUAAUGUAAUUGACUUUGUUUUUUA